CGGGGCGGGCCGUGGCCGUGUGUCAGCAGCGGCGCGGCUCUCACUGCUCACGGCUCCGCCUCUUCCUCUCCAUCGCCAUCAUCAGUAGCAGCGGCGUCGUCAUCCUCCUGCUCCUUCCUCGUCCUCGUCGUCGGUCACCUUCGCUGAGACAUCAUGACCACCCAGCAGCCGCACGCGCACGGUCACGGCCACGGCCACGGCCACCACCACCACCACCACGAGGCCGACAGCUUCCUGCGCCACAUGUGCCACCUGGACAUCGACUCGGAGCCGCUGGUGGCCCGCAACACCGGCAUCGUCUGCACCAUCGGGCCGGCGUCCCGCUCCGUGGAGAAACUCAAGGAGAUGAUCAAGGGCGGCAUGAACAUCGCCCGCAUGAACUUCUCCCACGGCACCCACGAGUACCACGCGGAGACGAUCAAGAACGUGCGCACGGCCACGGAGAGCUUGGCAAAGGACCCCUACAACUACCUCCCCGUGGGCAUCGCGCUCGACACCAAGGGUCCUGAGAUCCGCACCGGGCUCAUUAAGGGGAGCGGCACGGCGGAGGUGGAGCUGAAGAAGGGCGGCACGCUCAAGGUGACGCUGGACGACGCCUUCAUGGACAAGUGCGACGAGCACACCCUGUGGGUGGACUACAAGAACCUGCUCAAGGUGAUCGAGGUCGGCAACAAGGUGUACGUGGACGACGGCCUCAUCUCGCUCUGCGUCAAGGAGAAGGGGAAGGACUUCAUGAUCACCGAGGUGGAGAACGGCGGCACGCUGGGCAGCAAGAAGGGCGUGAACCUGCCCGGCGUGGCGGUGGACCUGCCGGCCAUCUCGGAGAAGGACAUCGGCGACCUGAAGUUCGGCGUGGAGCAGGGCGUGGACAUGGUGUUCGCCUCCUUCAUCCGCAAGGCGGCCGACGUGCACGCGGUGCGCGCCGUGCUGGGCGACAAGGGCAAGCACAUCCUCAUCAUCAGCAAGAUCGAGAACCACGAGGGCGUGCGCAGGUUCGACGAGGUGCUGGAGGCGAGCGACGGCAUCAUGGUGGCGCGCGGCGACCUGGGCAUCGAGAUCCCCACGGAGAAGGUCUUCAUCGCGCAGAAGAUGAUGAUCGGGCGCUGCAACCGCAUCGGCAAACCGAUCAUCUGUGCCACCCAGAUGCUGGAGAGCAUGAUCAAGAAGCCUCGGCCUACGCGCGCGGAGAGCAGCGACGUGGCCAACGCGGUGCUGGACGGCGCCGACUGCAUCAUGCUGAGCGGGGAGACGGCCAAGGGAGACUACCCCCUGGAGGCCGUGCGCACCCAGCACGCGAUUGCCCGCGAGGCGGAGGCCUGCAUGUACCACCGCCAGGUGUUUGACGACCUGCGUCACGCCACGCACGCCACUCACGACCCCACCGAGACGGUCGCUAUUGGCGCAGUCGAGGCCUCCUUCAAGAGCACCGCUUCGGCCAUUGUGGUCCUCACCACCAGCGGAAGGUCUGCGUACCUCAUCUCUAAGUACCGUCCCCGCUGCCCCAUCCUGGCGGUGACGCGCACGCCGCAGACGGCGCGCCAGGCGCACCUCUACCGCGGGGUCUUCCCGCUGCUCUACACCUUCCCUGCCAAGGAGCCCUGGGCCGAUGACGUCGACGCCCGCGUCAACUUCGCCAUCACCAUCGGCAAGAACCGCAAGUUCAUCCACAAGGGCGGAGUGGUGAUCAUCGUGACCGGCUGGCGCCCCGGCUCCGGCUUCACCAACACGAUGCGCGUCACCGUCGCCGAGUGAGGGCCCCCAGUGCGGUGGGGGGGGGGGGGGGGUCCCGGGGGGCCGCCCCCCACCAACGCUCGCCCCCCACCAACGCUCGCCCCCCACCAACGCUCGCCCCCCCACCAACGCUCGCCCCCCACCAACGCUCGCCCCCCCACCAACGCUCGCCCCCCCACCAACGCUCGCCACGCUCUCCUCCUCCCUCGUAGUCGUCGCCCAUCCAAUUUUCCCUCCUUUGCAGUCCCCGUGCCCCGGUGCAUCGCCUGCGCACGGCCCACGCCACCGCCCGUGUCACCGCCGUCGCCACGGUCACCAGAUCUCGGCAUCCGGACGGCGGGCGACUGCCAGAAUCGAAAUAAUGAGAGGCCCACGUGGUUGUUAACGAGCAGGCGAAGGGGGCCCGCUGAGCAAUGGGAGGGAGUGCGGUUGGGUUGCUUUGCCGUGUGCGCGAGUUGGGGGGGGGGGGGGGUGGCCGGGGGGCCGACCUGGAGAUGUGGAACCGCGUGCCCGUCGCGGUGGCUGUGUGUGGUAGUGUGGUAGAGGAGUUGACCGCGUUUCUAACCACGCUUGCACCGAAACGAAAAUUAUUCAAAUGUAACGAAAGAACCUGGGGGGGGGUGGGGGGGACGU